AUGCGAAUUGGGAACCCCAUAACUCUUUUGACAAAAGACCUUUCUUUCUUCCAUUCUCUACUCAAAUCUUGUAUCCAUGGUGAUUACUCUUCUUCUCCUAUCUCUAUCUUCCGUGACUUACUCCGUUCUUGUCUCAGACCAAAUCAUCUUACAAUGUCUAUCCUUCUCCAAGCCUCUACUGCCUCCUUAUUACCUCAUUCCUCUCUCGAUUCCUUGAGUUCACAAGUCGGAGGAGUCCAUACCCAUCUAACGAAAUCAGGUCUUGAUCGAUUCGUUUACGUGAAAACAUCUCUGCUUGAUCUUUACUUGAAGAUGGGUUGUGUAACGACUGCACGCGUGUUGUUCGAUGAAAUGCCUGAGCGAGAUACCGUUGCUUGGAAUGCGUUGAUCUGUGGGUACUCACGAAAUGGCUAUGAAAGUGACGCGUGGAAACUCUUUAUCGUCAUGCUUCAGCAAGGCUUUUCCCCUUCUGCUACCACACUUGUAAAUUUGCUACCUUUUUGUGGACACAGUCGCUUUGUUUCCCAAGGGAAGUCUGUUCAUGCUAUUGCUGCAAAGUCUGGCCUGGAACUGGAUUCGCAGGCGAAAAAUGCGCUGAUUUCGUUUUAUUCAAAGUGCACAGAGUUGGAUUCAGCAAAACUUUUGUUUACAGAAAUGGAAGACAAAAGCACAGUUUCUUGGAAUACAAUGAUUGGUGCCUAUAGCCAGAGUGGUCUCCAGGAAGAGGCCUUUACUGUUUUCAGGGAUAUGUUUGAGAAGAGCGUCGAAAUUACUUCUGUUACUGUCAUCAAUCUUCUUUCUGCUCAUGUUAGUCACGAGCCAUUGCAUUGCCUUGUUGUUAAAAGUGGAAUGGUGAAGGAUAAUUCUGUGAUUACUUCUUUAAUUUGUGCUUAUUCAAGGUGUGGCUCUUUGGAUUCAGCAGAACGUCUUUAUGCGUCUGCUACUCAAGAUAGUAUUGUUGGUCUAACUUCGAUUGUUUCAAGCUAUGCCGAGAAAGGAGAUAUGGACAUUGUGGUCCUGUAUUUUUCUAAAAUGAGACAGCGUUGUAUAAAAAUUGAUGCUAUAGCUUUGGUCGGAAUUCUCCAUGGAUGUUCAAACUCUUCCCACAUCGACAUAGGAAUGUCGUUACAUGCUUUUGCGAUCAAAAGCGGAUUGUGCACACAAACAUUGGUUGUGAAUGGACUGAUAACCAUGUACUCUAAGUUUGAUGAUGUGGAGACUGUCCUGUUUCUGUUUGAGCAACUAGAGGAGGCUCCUAUAAUUAGCUGGAAUUCAGUGAUAUCUGGGUGUGUACAGUCUGGAAGGGCAAGCACAGCCUUUGAGGUCUUCCAUCAGAUGAAGUUAAGUGGUGGACCUAUGCCGGAUGCCAUUACGAUAGCAAGUUUGCUUGCUGGCUGCUCUCAGCUAUGUUGUUUGCAUUUGGGGAAGAAACUACAUGCUUAUACUUUUAGGAACAAUCUUGAAAUAGAGAAGUUUGUUUGCACUGCUCUUAUAGACAUGUAUGCUAAAUGUGGAAAUAUAGUACUGGCAGAAAGUGUGUUCAAGAGCAUAAAAGCUCCGUGCACAGCUACAUGGAACUCAGUGAUAUCAGGAUACAGCUUAGCAGGGUUACAAAGUCAAGCUUUUUCUUGUUACAUGGAAAUGCGAGAGCAGGGAUUGAAACCCGACAAGAUCACCUUUUUGGGAGUAAUAUCUGCAUGUACCCAUGGGGGCCUUGUCGAUGAAGGAAAAAUAUAUUUCAGAGCAAUGAUCAAGGAGUUUGGAAUAUCUCCAAGUUUACAGCAUUGUGCACUUAUGGUUGGUUUGUUGGGUCGAGCAUGUUUGUUUACCGAGGCAUUGAUUUUAAUUUGGAAGAUGGAUAUAAAGGCGGAUUCUGCAGUAUGGGGUGCUCUGCUUAGUGCAUGCAUUGUGAAAAGAGAGGUGGAGCUUGGGGAAUAUGUAGCUAAGAAAAUGUUUAUGUUGGAUUACAGGAAUGGAGGGCUAUAUGUAUUGAUGUCAAACCUAUAUGCAACAGAAGCAAUGUGGGACGACGUAGCCAGAGUCAGGAGGAUGAUGAAAGAUAAUGGCUACGAUGGUUACUUGGGAGUUAGUCAAACAUAA